UAUAUUUUAUUUUCUCUACAGAUGAUUCAGACCAUCCGGACUCUAGUUGAAAAUGCAGAUAGCUUAUAUGAGAAGAUAGUGCAAUGUCAGAAAGCAGCAAUGGAGUUUCAUGAAAACCUGCACAAUAUAGGAGCAAGAGAAGGCUUAAAAGAAAGAAAACUGCAAAAAUCAGUAGAAAGCUUUACAUGGAAUAUUACAAUUUUAAAGGGACAAGCUGAUCUUCUCAAAUAUGCUAAAAAUGAAGCACUGGAGAAUCUGAAACAAAUCCAUUAUGCCACUCUUUCAUGUGGACUCAAUAAGCCAGGCACUGAAAACGCUGAAAUCUCAAAGCCCCGUCGAAGCCUGGAGGUCAUACCUGAAAAAGCAGGUGAUGAAAAUGGCGAAUGAGAGAACUCUCAUCUCGUAAUUAUGGAGUUUAUAACUCUGUGACCAAUUGUAGCUGCAUAGGACAUUUGCUUUGCACUUACUGUUGAAAAAUAUUUGGAAUCUUCAAAGCACAACUGGAGAAGCUAAUUACAAUCUAUUGAAACUGUGAAUGUAUGUAGCAACUCUGCUUGUGAAGGCAAUGAUAUUGUGUAACAUGGAAAUUACAUUAUUGGCCACAACGUAGUAUGUAUGUAAAAGAUACUGUAAUUCAGUCAUAGCGUGCUGAAAAGUUUAUUAUAGUGCCAUAGAGAAGUGAAUGUUUUUUAAAUGAGCUAUGAUUAGAAAACAGUUCACAGAAUGUGACGAGUUGCCUUGAUUUUCAAAAAGAUAGAUGUGUGGGUUCUCUGUUUCUUUGCACAGUUCCAUAAUUGUGCUAGCAAAGUGAAUUAUUGUGCGCCUAACUUUUGAAAAUCAGGUCCGAAAAAGUGGGAUCCACGUGUUUCACACUAUACGUAAUUCAGCCGCUCAGAUAUUUGGAUUUGAAGUGUUAUUGAUUUUAUUGUUGAGCCAUAAAUUACAACGAGAAUGUAAUUAGACAGUGAUCACUGACUUCAGUGCACUAUAGGAGAGCCAUUAUGUAAAAGGAAAAUGUGCAAUCAAUCUGAUAGCUUAUGUCAGAAAAAAGAUUCAUACCUAUUUUGCCUAAGAUCUUCUGCAAAUGUGUGUAGAUAAUGUGACCAAACUGCAAGCAAAAUGUUGUAAAUAGUUUUUCAUUUUGUGAAGUGAAGUGCUCAUCUUAAAAAGUUUUAUGAGAUUGCUCCUAGACAAGUAAAGCUUUUAACUAAAUUUUAACUUUUUUAUUUUUCAAGUAUUUUCUUCCUUGCGGAAUACGCGAUAUCUCAAUAAGCAGAUUUGUCAAAAAAAAAAAAAAUUUGCUGUUCUGGUUCUGUUUGUUUGGUUUUAUGACGACAUUAGGUAAAGGUAUUGUAGCUGAUAUACUCAUUGUAAAAUGACUAUACCAACCUAGAGUGUUCUCUUACUGUUCCUGAUUUAACAAUAAAAUGGACUAUAUAAUUACAGAAGCUAAUAAAUUUGAAGAAAAACAAGCAAAA